UGGGGAGAACUGAGACAUCUAAAAACUUGAGCAACAGCUGUAUUGACAGAAUAUAGAGAUAUAAAAAAUCUAACUUUUCCUUAUAAGUAGUUCAGCUAACUCACAUUUGUGUCUGGAAGAAGUGAAAGCAAGUUAUUACGUCUUUAUCCUGAAUUUUUACCUCAGGAAGAAUGUUUUACUACCCCGAAGUCUUGCAGCGGCACUCAGGCUGCUUCUCCACAAUCUGGUUGGCAGCCACCAAAGGUGUCAGGAUCACCAGAAGAGAAGUUCUGAAAGUAAACGUGAACCGAACGUGUGAAGACAUCAUUGACUACGUGAUGGUGAAUGUGCAACCUGCCCACCCGAGUCUGCCUAAACCACGUUUCUCCCUCUACCUCUCCUCUCAACUACACUAUGGUGUUGUCAUCAUCUACCACCGCCAGUGUGCCUUUUUGCUGGAGGAGAUCCAGCAGGCGAUCGAGAGGCUGCUCCGCUCGGAGAGGCACGCCCGCAUCGACCUGCAGGAGCCCGACAGACUGGCUCUAAAUAACCCUGACCCAGAGGCUCUGAUGGAGGAGGCCAUGGAGCCUUUCUUUGGAGUGAUGGGCUCAGAGCCUGAGUUGCCAAGCCCAUAUCAGCUGGCACAGUCCUGGAGGUUCUUGGAGGUCCAUACUCCAGAGUGCCCCCUAGUGAAGGUCCCGAGAAGGUCCCAGCCUGAGGCUCCUGACCACACUGCGUCCCCAGACUGCAUCACUCUUAAGGAGAAAGAGCUGACAGCCUUGCCGAUGCUGGCGUUUGGAGGCGCUGAGCUGGUGGAGCCCACCGCCCAGGAGAUCGACAUGCUGCUGAGGGAGAGCGACCACCUGAUGGAGGGAGAGAGAGAGACUGGAGAGAAGGAGGAAGACACAGCCAUGAUGUCUGUAGAACAACUGAAGGAGACAAUGGAGAUGGGACCUCCUGAGGAGGUUGCCAUGGAUAUGAUCGCCAUGGAGAUGACUCCUCCUCGUAUGACUUGUCCUACGACACGAGAGGGCAGUGAGCUAGACCAGGGGAUGCUGCAGGAGCCCUCAAGCUCUAUAAGCCUGCCACAGCUGGAGGUUUCCCAGCACAAACGGGCCCGGCGCCGCCAGCUGCUGUUCGCCGACCAACACACGCAAAUUUCCCAGGGUGCAAUGCAGGAGCAGAUCCAGGACUCCCUCGUGGAGACUGUACCCAUGUCUGAGGUGCUUCUGGAGUUCCCUGCUACUUCUAGGCUCUCAGUAGUUGAGCUCUUGAGCGCCCCCUGUGGCGUUAUGCUCCACCCUGACCUGCUGUCGCUAUGGAAACAGUGCACCAUCCUGACAACCCACCCAGGGAGGCGACGUGCAAGAGAGGAGGAGAGGGAGGCGGGUCAGGAGAGGAGCGAGCUCUCGUCUGAGUUAGGGGGACCACUGGAGGAGAGAGAGCUGGAGAGGAGGAACAGGGACUCCAGUGUGCAGGAGAUCCUCAGAGAGUCCAUGGAGUCAGGCCUUCUCCUGUCUGAGCUCUCAGCUGUGUCUGACGCCCAGUCGGACCUCUCGAAAGAUGACAAGGCUCUGGACCCUGUAUCUGUGCCAGUGGGUCGAUUGUCUGUAACAGAGGCGGCUCCAUCUGCAUUGCACCUGAUGCAGGUGAUCAUGGAGGAGCCUCAGGUGGAGAUGCCUCAGACUGACACAGAGAUGGACACCAGAGCGCUCAGCAUUGACAGCCUGCUCAGAGCGGUCAGCAGCCACCUGGAGCGCUUUGGGAAGAUCUCCUUUGACUCACUGCUGCCCCCAGAGGCCAACCGCUGCACUGUGGCACAUGUGUUCUACGACCUGUUAGAGCUGGUGAGUGAGAGAGGGCUGAGAGUGUACCAGCCCAAGCCCUUUGACCCCAUAACCAUCACACCUGGAUCACGCCUUCACUAAUGAACACACACAAACACACGCUUACACACCCACACACACACACUACCACUUUAUUAUAAACAUCACACCUGGAUCACACCUUCACUAGUGAACAAACACACACUUACACACACAUACACUACCACUUUAUUAUUAAUACAUUUCACAUGCAACAUUAUUACACUUAACCAUGCUCUCACCUCAUACACAGACACACAGAAAUACCUAAAUAAUGACAUUUCCUUUUCUAAGAAUUUCAAUAUGCAUUCUGACAUAAUGGAGUAUGAUGAAUUUUAAUAAUUAAUUUUAACUCACAUAUUUACCUAACACAA